CCCCACAGGUCAGUCUCGCUCUCGCCGCGCCUCUCCCCGAGUCCCCUUCCCUCCCUCCACUGCCCUCGCGCCGCCGCCGCCGCCCACUAGGGUUUAGGGUUCUCCCCGCCGCCCGCGAUGGAGGCGCUCCGGGAGGCGGAGGCGGAGCUCACGGUCUACUUGCACCCCUCCAACGCCGCCGACGUCCGCCGCGCCGUCGCCCGCCAGCUCAGCGCGCUCCUCUUCUCGUACGAAGAGCGCUUUGAUGGCGUGUUGCUGGCUCAUAACACUAAAUUAGUCGACGAGGAUAACAAGGACGAGGAUAACAAGGACAAUAAAGGAGAAGUCGAGGGUAAGAAGAAGGUUAAGAAGGUCAAAAUCCUAAGACCUAAAAUCCUAAGAGCUAAAAUCCUGAAUGGCUUGGUACCGUACUUUGGCGUCCGCGUGCAUUCGAGCCUGCUGGUCUUCUCUCCCAAGCCGGACAUGAUCCUGGAAGGGAAGGUAGAAAUGCUCAGGAAGGGGUCGAUUCAUGCUGUUAUAUUGGGAAUUUUCUCAGUGGCCAUUAUGUCUGAUGAUAUUUCUGAAAAGUUCAAAUUCAAAAGGAAAAGUGAUGGGGGGAGAUUUGUGAGCCGCUCGGAUAGACAGCAUGUGAUUAAAAGAGGAACAAUGAUAAGGUUUCUUGUCAAAGGGGUGGAUACAGAAAUGAAUUGUCAUAUUACUGGAUCUUUAAUCCCACCUCACACUGGAUCCAUGCGUUGGUUGUCAGUACACGAUGCUGAAUAUGCAGCAGAAAUCAACGGGAGAUCAAGGGAUGGCAGCAUCAAAAUUGAGCAGAAUGAACAAGAACACAGAAUACUCAAGAAUGAAGAUAGCAUGGUGAAAUCUGAACGGACACACAAGUCCCGAAAGAGGAGCAUUGAGAACCGAUAAUUCAUUGAGGUUGUGAAGAAUUUUGUUUGAAUGCAAGAAUGUUUGCUGGAUGGUUUUGGCAGAGGACAAUGAAGGCCAAGUGGGCUUGUACGUGGAAGUAAUGUUUGGCUUCAAUGGUUCUGCUUACGUGGAAGUAAUGUUUGGCUUCAAUGGUUCUGCUGUCUUUUGAUGCUUACUAGGGAGAAGAUGCAUCUCCAGUUCAAGAAAUGGUGCUUUAGCCUGUUCAGAACGUGGCAACCUGCUUCCCCGGUUGCUUACUGGGAGAAGUGUGAUGAUGUAAAACAAAUGAGGAUUGCAUUUGUAAUAGAUCACUUUAUCUACCAACUUGUCACUGAUCUCAUCCAAUGAACCAAUUUUUUACGGCAAA